GGAGAUCUAGCGCUGACAGAGCUUGCUCGGCACCCUCCACUCCCAGAGAUAUUUGUAAGUAAGGGCAGGCACAAGCCUAGACAUAGACAAGUGGAUCGGGAAACUCUCGCUGCGAGCUCAAGAGCCUCGCCUAAAGGACCAGCCCCUCAACCUGGCGCAUCAGAAAGGUGGACUGACCCACCGAGCUUCUGAAGUAGUCAAUUUGACAAAGACCUUAGUGGCGCUUGAUCAUAAGAUAUUCCAUUCGAAGAAGUAUGGUCAGAAUCACCUAUGAUAAUAUGGCUUACAUGAAAAGAGCUCUUUUUCAGUAAUUCGGCAUUCGUUCUUAUCUGCUUCCUAUUCCCCGGAACACAUACCAUAUCUCCCAGAUCUCAAAGAUCUCCUCAACAUUCAACCUUGAAAGGUUUGUUACGGAAGGCGAAUGAAGCAGUUUUCUUGAAUUCCAUUCUGAAACUAGAAUUGCUUCUUGGAAGACUAUUAUGUGUUUCGAGUCUUUCUUGAAGUUCUUUCCUAAUCAAAUCCAUUUAUUUGAAGAUAACGACUCUACCCACGCAACAAUUAGAUUUCAAGAAAAGAAAGCAAAAACCCAUCCAUUAACUGGGUCGGUAGAGCAGUUUAGAGCCCUCCCGUUACUAAGGUCACCCGAAGGGACGCUUAGAGGGACUCCAAAAGAAAGGGAUGAAUAGCGGAAGGGAUGAGACCUUACCUUUUGAGAGCUUACCCUUACUUGGCUAGGUAUUAUGACUCGGGCAAAGACAAGAAGCUGAGCCUUCGCUCAAGGUUAACACAUUAAAUAGGGCUCGGAAGAAUGAACCCUUGGGGAGAUCACUUCCACUAAUAAGACUUUCCCUUACGACUACGUAGAGGGAGAUGAAAAGAGUCAGACUAUAUAUAGAAUUACCCAGCCAAGGGGCUCACCCAUUGAUGCUUGGCUAGGAGGGGGUAACGGAUUGAACAGGGAAAGAGAUGCAGAUUCAACAGAAGCUGCGUACCCUGCUGGUUGACCAUAUGAAAAUGGAAAUUGUUUAGUCUCAUAUAGAUGGGAAAUGAGUGAAAAUGGACAUAGCUCAGUUGAAAAGACUCAAACCCAAUCUUAUAGCCACAUCAUGAUCACUUCCUUUCGCCUAUGAGAAUAGAAGUCUGUUUGCUGCUUGAGUAAGGUUAAGGCUGACUAGUUGAGUUUUGCGGUGAGAAUAGGUGCUUGGGGUAUCAAUUUAGAACAGCUGAUUGAAAGUUUUGAACCUCGUCUCGGCUUCUUCAAUCACCCGUUUCUUUUUCAAAUUCCUCUAUCCGUUGGUCUGUUAAGGGUUCCUCUAAGCCCCUUUCGUGUAGGCGAGGCAGAUCGAGCAGAGUCUGUGCUAUAGAUCGAAUUCUGAAUCAAUGGAUGCGCUAUCUAUUCCUCUGUCCUGUUCAUCAUCUGUUUGAUUUGAAACAUUGGAUUCAUCAUUUGAAGAAGUUAGAGACAUCAGAUAGACUGAAAAUACCUACUUGCAUUUCGAAACCAGUAAUUUGAUGUAAAUAAGGAAGCAUCCGGCUCCCUCCCACAGCUAAGGCCUUCUAAUAGAAAGUAGUACGCCCGGUUCCCAAUCUCUAACUCAAAAAUCGGAGUUUUCUCCCGGCUUUCAGAACGUUAGCUAGCUAGAUGCUUAACACAUGCAAGUCGAACUUUCUUUUUCUUUCUUCACUUUCUUUCUCUUUCUUAAAGCGGUAUUCCCCCUUGCAAAUCAAAUCUUUAUCAAAUACAAUCUUUCAUGGAAUUCUCUCCUAGAGCUGCCGAACUCACUACUCUAUUAGAAAGUCGAAUUACCAACUUUGACACGCAUUUUCAAGUGACUGAGAUCGGUCGAGUGGUCUCAGUUGGAGAUGGUAUUGCACGUGUUUAUGGAUUGAACGAGAUUCAAGCUGGGGAAAUGGUUGAAUUUGCCAGCGGUGUGAAAGGAAUAGCCUUCAAUCUUGAAAAUGAGAAUGUAGGGAUUGUUGUCUUUGGUAGUGAUACUGCUAUUAAAGAAGGAGAUCUUGUCAAGCGCACUGGAUCUAUUGUGGAUGUUCCUGCGGGAAAAACAAUGCUAGGGCGUGUGGUCGACGCGUUGGGAGUACCUAUUGAUGGAAGAGGGGCUCUAGGCGAUCACGAGCGAAGACGUGUCGAAGUGAAAGCCCCUGGGAUUAUUGAACGUCAAUCUGUGCACGAGCCUAUGCAAACGGGGUUAAAAGCGGUCGAUAGCCUGGGAAAACUUAUCUAUCUACUUAUCAUAUUUUUGCCCCUGCUCGGUAGUUCCGUAGCGGGUUUUUUCGGGCGUUUUCUAGGAGCAGAAGGAACCGCUAUAAUGACCACAGGGAAAAAUCUCGUGUUUUUUUCUAUACUUAUCUUAGGCUUGAUCUUUCUGCUUCGUCUUUAUUGUUUUAGUUUGAAAAAAAAGUUUGGAUUUCGACUUGUCUUUAUGAUUUAUAUAUCCAUUCUAGUUUUCGUCUCUUUCUUUUGCUAUUUUCUUCGCGCCUACUUACUUUCCCACUUAGGUCUUCAUUUUUUUUAUCCUUUUUUGAUUUUGAGUGUGGGGGGAGGUGGCGGUCUAGCACUUCCUCUUCCAGCCCAUUCCGGCCCAUCAAGCCCGUCCUCGUGGACGGAUUUUGAUAUGCAGGUCUUAUUGGAGCCCUUUUCCGAAACAGAAAUGGAGGGCACGUCGGUGAAUUCCGCCCCUGGGGCUGGGGGGGUGGCGCGCGAAGAGGCGGGGCCUUCUCACCAACCAUAUAAUAGUUACAUAAAAACUAAUACGAGCUUGGAAUCUUCUAUAAGAAAUAGAAUAUGUGCCCUCGAGAAGGACCAUAGCCCGUUUCUCCUGGAUAAAGAGAAAGGAGAAUAUUGGCGCGAAAUGAAAACAGCCUUGGGUCAAGUCCCCUCUCAGCGUGAGUAUAACCGCUUACUUGACUUCGAGAAUACAGAUCUCCAGAUCCGGGAGCUGAAACACGGGUGUUAUUCCCUUUAUCAACGACUUCUUUCGGAACAUCCUACCUUGGCCGAAAAGGCCUCCUACAAUUCUAAAGAAGCCUUUAUCGACUUCUUUGACGAGAAACGGGGCGAGCUAGACAAGCUGGAGCUGGACACCCACCCACAAGGGCGGAGCACGGCGGCGGAAAGAGACAGAAUAGAACUCCAAUUUUUGGAUAGCGUUAGGGAGGAUCUUAUCAAACGGGGGGCCGGCUCUCCGUAUAUGAAUAAAAUUCUUGUUGGGCCAAAUCCUGAGAAAAGCUAUCAAGCGCUGUUUGAUGAGCCUUCGUAGUAUACCUGACAAAUCGGGAGGUGUAGCCGCAAUAGCACCAGUUUUUAAGGGGGCAGGAUGAAUAGAAGACGGAGAGGGGGGUAAGAUUGAAGAUACUAUAGCAGUUUUUUUCUUUG